AGACGAGCGGAUAAUUCCACCCGUCGCGAGCGCAAAUGCGGCGGCCAUUCCCCACCAGAAAAUCCUCGCUUGCUCGGCGCCGGCGCCGCCGCAUCACACCAUGCUAGUAGGCUUCGCUGCCGCAGGAACCUGCCUUUCCUCUCCGGCACCGCCGAGACCCACGACUGGGACGGCACCUCGCCUCGUCUGCGUCCCUCCCCUCACCUCCAACGGCCACCGCCGCCCGCGCGGCGCCAGGCUCCUCCGGCCGCUAAGGGCGGCCCUCACCACGCCGCCGCCCGCGCCGUCCUCGCGCCCGGCGAGGGACCGCGUGAUUGAGUUCGGCAAGCACAAGGGCCAGAUGCUGGGCACGCUGCCGCCGUCGUACCUGCGCUGGGUCGCGGCGGAGCUCGACUACGGGGACACCGCGCCAUGGGCGGGCCUCGCCCGCGACGUCCUCGGCGACCCCGUCUACGUCGACCGCGUCGAGUGGGAGCACGCGCACCGCUUCCUCCGCGGCGAUGCCGACUACGACUACGCCUACGACGACGGCGACGGGCCGCUCCAGGAGAUGGCCGAGCGCUUCGGGUGGGACCUCUCCGACGAGGACGGGUGGAGCCGCCUCGACGUCCGCCUCAUCGGCACCUCCUACGGCGGCCGCAUCCCAAGAAAGGGAGCCCGGAAGCAAAGCACCAGCAGAAGCAACGGCUCCCCCGGCGGCGACAGGAAGGGCUCCCUGUUCGAUGUCGGCGCUGACCCGGACGGCGCCAGGGGGAAGCGGAGGGAGCGGAUGCGGAUGAGGAGGGAGGACCAGGUGAGGACGGCCAAGAUGGAGAUGCUGGGGGUGAAUGCCGCCGGCGUGCAGGACAACGGCGUUCCGGGGUCGUCGCCGAGGAAGGCUCAGAUUAGGACGGCCAAGAAUGAAAUUUUGGGGCUGGGUCGGGGCACCCGUGCCGGUGGGAUGCUCGACGAGAAGAGGGCGGCAGGGAAAGGCGGCCAGGGCGCCGCCAACCCCUUCCCCGGCCGGCAAGCGUUCCUCGACAAGGUCAGGAAGCUCAAAGGCGAUGAUAGCUAAUUAGCUAGCGAGGAAAUUCAUGGGAAGCAGGAUGAGCUGUACGCGAGGUUUGCGGCAAGGAGGCACAUCCAUCAUUGUUCAGCACUCUUAUGGGGCAGCCAAGAUCCCAUCCACCACAAUUACAGCAUCCUCCGGAUCUCCAUCUCUCGAUGAGACCUGACGAGCCGCUGCUCUUCAAAACAGCGCCACCAUGGUAACCUCUGGGAACAAUUGUGGUUAUACAUUUUGCAGCACCAUUUCUGUUCUGAACAUCAGGAUCUUCAGUGCCUUCUGAAUGAUUUAAUCCUGCUUUCUCAAGGAACUUCAAGCCCCAGCCACCCACAACAGGCUCUUUCUGGCGUUUUUUCCGUUGUUCCCUCACCACAACUGCUGCUAUCUCUUGGUUGGUUGGCAGAUCAUCAGCAUCGAGUUGAAUAUAUGUUGCGUGAAGAAAAAAGAUAACUGGUUCCACAAAAAAAAUCUGCCAUGUCGAUCAUACAAUGAAGCAAGGGACAGGGUUGCAGGGUUGCAGAAGGGAGUAAGGAACAUGUACCAUGAUUCAUGGUUGACCAAUUAAAUUGGAUAAAAAAUUGCAAAUGAUUAACAGCUGCCA